AUGUUACAAACAAAACCAAUUAAAUCUUCUUUUCUUUCACGCUCAAAUAAUCUAAAUUCUAUUUUUGAAGAAUCUAAAUUUCACUUUUUUUAUUCUCAAACAAUAACACCAAAAUCACCAAUCAAACAUAAAUCACCAUCAAAAAUUAAAACAACACCCACCAAAGACAUCAACAAUAUUCCAAACAUAAAUGUUACAUCAAAAUCACCUUUCAAAAUAAAAUCACCACUUCAAUCCAAUGUCUCACCAUUAAACAAUACAACACCGAAAAAUGAAUCGACCGAUCAGUUGGUUAAAGAUGUUAAAUCACACGAUGCACCCUCUCUAAUCACCAACAAUAAUAAUAUUGCAACUUUUCAAUACCCAAUCACCCCUCAAAAACAACAAAAAGAGAAAUUAAUUUUAAAAAUAAAAAUAAAAUCAGCUUCAAUCGAACAAUCAACAUCAACAACAACAACAACAACUAACCCACAUGUCACAACUCGAAGAACUCAAAGAGUUCUAACCACACCCAUCAAACAAAAAAAUAAUCAACAAAAAAAAACUCAACCAAAAAAAAAAUUGUUUAUACCACCAUCACCAACUUCACCAGGAUAUAAAAAUCUACCAUCAGUCGACAGUUUCGAUAUUAUAAAUUAUAAGAUCACCAACUCAACACCAACAAUUGGAUCAUAUGUAGAGUGUAAAACAUAUCUUGAGAAGUAUGAAGACACAUGGCAUAAGGCCAGGCUGAUGGAGUUCUCCAAUGGUAUGGCUAAAGUCCGAUACUUAGAUUACAAAUACGAGUUUCUGCCACUGUCAAGAAUCAAGCCUCUCUGCGUUGAACGAGAUAAUGAAGAAUGGGUUCCAGGGACAAAAUGUAUGGUAUUUCUCAACUACUUACAUUUCGAAGCAGUUAUUCAAGCAAAAGCAGAUCAUGAUAAAUGUUAUUUGGUCAAACUUGUCGAUACAGAAACAAAGAACAUCGAAAUUAAUCAAAAAUAUAUAUUUCAAUAUUUUACUUAUUAA